AUGAGGCUGGUGGGGAGGUUCGCCUAUGACAUCGCCGGUGUGGUUCUCCUUGGUUGCCUCCUGGGUUCGUUACGCAACAUUUGAAUUUCAAUGGUGGCGACGCAUCCUUUUGAUAACCAACGGUUACGGCUGCGCCAACCGCGAGCUCCAUGUCGUCGCGCCUCGGCUUCUACAACCUUGAGCCGGCGCUCGCCGCGGCGGCCGAGUCGCUGUUCCGCUCCGGCUCCCCGCCGCGCGCCGUCCUCCGCCGCGCGCGCGCGCUGCACGCGCUCCUCGUGGUCUCCUCCCUGCCCUCCGCGCCCCGCCCGGCCACCUUCCUCGUCAACCAGCUGCUCGCCCUCUACUGUCGCCACUCCGCCGUCGCCGACGCCCUCGCCCUCCUCCGCGCCACGCCGUUCCCCUCCGUCGUGUCCUACAACACCGUCCUCUCCGCGCUCUCGCGUGCCCCGAGGCACGUGCCCGACGCUUUCGGCCUCUUCCGCGGUCUGUACGCGUCGGGUCUCCGCCCCACCGCACCCAGCCUCUGCGCCGUCCUCCGCGCCGCCGGCGCGCUUCGCGACGGCCGCGCGGGGGCCGCCGUGCACUCUCAGGCCCUUGCGCUCGGCUUCCUCGCUAGCGACAUUGUUCCGACCGCGCUCCUCCAGAUGUAUUCUGGGUGUGGGUCGCCGAGGGACGCCGACCAGGUGUUCGACGAAAUGACAACGCCGGACGUGGUGGCGUGGAACUGCGUGAUGCACUGCAACGUGCGGUAUGGCUACCUGGGGCGUGCGCUGAGGAAGUUCUGCCGGAUGGUGAGCAUUGGGCUGGCGCCUACCGAGAGUACGUUUUCUUCAGUGCUGAGUGGGUGCGGGCGCUCUGGGGACUCACACCAUGGGCGUGCACUCCAUGGAUGGGUGGUGAAAUCAGAGGAGCUUGAUCCUGAUUUGCCGUUGCAGAAUGCACUGCUCGAUAUGUACUGCUGCUGUGGUGAUCUGGACACUGCAUUGUGUGUGUUUCAGAGGAUUGAGACACCAGACUUGGUGUCAUGGAACACCAUAAUUGCCGGAUUUUCUAGCGUUGGGGAUGGAUGGGGCGCCAUUCAGGCCUUUGUGCAGCUCAAAGCCGUGUCUGGUGAACAGCUUGCUCCUGAUGAGUAUACAUUUGCAGCUGUGGUGUCUGCUGCUGCUGCAUUACCAGCAAUGUGUAGUGGCAAGCUGCUUCAUGCUGACGUGAUCAAAGCUGGGUUGGAGAGCAGUGUCUUUGUUGCGAACACACUAAUCAAUAUGUAUUUCACAAAUGAGGAGCCGGGCUCUGCUCAGAUUUUGUUUGAUUCCAUUAGGGUGAAAGACGUAAUCAUGUGGACGGAAAUGGUCGCCGGCCAUUCUGCACUAGGUGAAGGAGAACUGGCCCUGAAGUAUUUUAUUAGCAUGCUGGAGGAAGGGCACAAGGUUGAUAACUUCUCUCUUAGUAGUGCUUUGAACUCCACAGCUGAUCUUGCAGGCCUUAAGCAAGGGGAAAUGCUCCAUGCUCAAGUGGUAAAAAGUGGUCAUGAAGGAAAUAUCUGUGUCUCUGGAAGCCUUAUUGACAUGUAUGCAAAAAACGGCACGCUUGGAGGUGCCUAUUCAGUUUUCUGUACCAUACAGAAGCCAGAUUUGAAGUGCUGGAAUUCUAUGAUAGGAGGAUAUGGCAAUCACGGGGAUUCUGAAAUGGCGUUCAAACUAUUUGAUGACAUGAUUCGUGGUGGACUGCAACCUGAUCAUGUAACUUACAUCUCCCUCCUUUCAGCUUGUAGUCAUUGUGGACUGGUUGAGAAAGGAAAGCUUUAUUGGUUCAGCAUGAUGAGUGAUGGCAUUGUGCCAGGGUUCAAACACUACACUAGCAUGGUGAGUUUGUUGAGUAGAACAGGUGUAUUGGAGGAAGCAGCCGAUUUAAUUGAUAGAUCCCCUUCUGCCAAGAGAUAUCCUGAGCUGUGGAGAAUUCUUCUGAGCUCUUGUGUUACAUUUAAAGAUUUGUCCAUUGGUGUUCAUGCUGCUCAACAGGCACUGGAGCAGGAUCCAGAUGAUAUCUCAACACUCAUACUUCUUUCAAACCUUUAUGCCUCUAUAGGGAAAUGGGACAAUGUGUCUGAAAUAAGGAGAAGGAUCAGAGGGCUGACGACUGAAAAGGAGCCUGGGCUUAGCUGGAUUGAACUUGAGAAAAUGGUCCAUGUGUUCUCUGCAGAUGAUGAAUGCCACACUGAGAUAGGUGAUUGUCGUGAUGAGUUGCUUAGAGUCAAGGCAAACAUGGAGCUUUUGGAUAGUUGUGAAAAUGAUUUAGUGUCAAAUGGCUAAGUUGCCUGAACUGAUUUCAGUUAAAUACACUUCUCAUGAUUUCCUUCAUCAUACCAACAAAGCUGAUUUCUACAGUAAGAUUUUGAGCAUAAGAAACAAAAUGAGAUGUUAUAUAUCAUGUUCUUUACUGAACCACUGAGAAUUGCUCACAUAUGCUUACAAAGAAAAAGAGAGAGAGAGCAAGUUUGAGGCUAUGUCUAUGUGUCUACUGCUUCAUUGUCCAUGUUUGGCUUGUUUCAGCCUCUUCGUAACCAGUAAACAAUUUCUAGGUUAAAUGGUUUUCUGCCUUGGUGACUUCUUCAGUUUAGUAUUUUACGCUGUGAAGAUAUAUUUUUUUAGAAAGACACGCAGUGAAGAUUAUAGGGUGAGAGUGCGAGACAUCCCAGAAGGCCAGAACAUAUCUUGAGAAGGUUCAGGUUUAAACAAGGAUUAGGUAAGGCUUACCCAGAGCAGCCAGUACCAAGCCAGCCCUGCCCAUCAUGUAAGGUGUCUGAAAUCUGAACCAGCCCUUCCUAUCAUGUAAGCGUCUGAAGUCUGAACCAGUCCUUCCUAUCAUGUAAGGCAUCUGAAGUCUUAACCAGUCCUUCCUUUGUUGGUUUAUCUUUAUACCCUGAUUAGUUCAUUAGACAACCACAUGAUUAUGAAGCUCUCGUAAUUAAACUAUGUCUAUCCAUCUAACUGUACUUUUAAUACCAUAUAUAGUUUCCUCCUGCUCAUUUUGAACCUAGGAACCAUAAUUAACGUAUGAAUUAAAACAACUCUAGCGAAAUUACUCGACACUAUAUAUAUCCAUGAGUUGCUUCUGCUCAUUGCAUACCACGGAAUCUUUCUUUUGCUAAUUAUGACUCUGAGAGAUGAUUUUUGAAACAGAAAAAGAGAAGAUAGAACUUGUUUAUCUAGGUCUAUUUCCGGGCGGUGACCCAUAUCUUGUUCAUAUUUAUUCAUGGGCAUUGAAAGUAGGUGCAAAUGCACCAAUGAAAGUUCUGGUUUCUCCAAUCUCCAUGUCCAUUUUGUGAAGUGCUAACCAAACUCCCAAUAGAUCUAUUUUCUGUUUUCCCUGUUUUCUGUAAUCUCCGCCUUUCCCAGACCACUUAAGUUCUCAGUCUAUCUUCCUUUUAUCAGGCUUUCUGGACAUGGUGGCCAAGUUGGUGUAGUCGGGCACUUUUGUUUUUUUCUGCUGCUACGUGCCACUGGAAGAAAAUUGAGGAACGAUUACACUGCCUUCAGUUAUUUCUUUGGGCACCAUGAAGGUGGUGUUCCUGGCUGGAGUCUUUUCCUUUAAUCUCCAUCAGCAGAAUUAUAAUAUCUGUCAGGCUUAUUGAGGACUUCAAUAAAAGCAAUUUGGAAGAAGGAUGGAAAGACAUGACUACAGGACCUGAUCCUUCUGGUUAUGAUUCACUCCCUCCAUUCAUUAAUACAUGAUGUUUUGGACGGUGAAAGAAACUAAAACAAUCUCAUUUUGUUUGUCUCAAAUGUCAUAUAUUAAUGACAGGAGGUAGUACGGCUCAGUUCCUUUUUUCUCA